UUCUAACGGAGCUCCCGGACAGGCACACACACACACACACACAGAGCGUAGACUCUCUCAGCUCCUUCUUCUCCCAUUUUGUGCCUUUUUAGUAACUUUUUUUCCAAGAUGAACAGAAUUAUUGUGCAGCUCCUGGUGGUCGGAUUCUGCUUCGCCAUGGUGCAUGCACUCCGCUGCUACGAGUGCAAGUUUGGCAUCUCGCGCGUGUGCAUAACCACGAAGACGACGUGCGAGAGCGGGGAGCAGUGCUUCAGUGGCGAGGGGACCGCAGUCGGCUUCGUGCCAAUCACCCUGAAGGGCUGCCUGAAGAUCGAGAAAUGCAACAAGACCACGGAGGAGAGCAUCCCCGCCAUCUCCAACAGCACCGUGUACUCCAUGACCAAGACGUGCUGCGACACCGACCUGUGCAACGCCGCGCCCGGCCUCCCCGGGGCCCCCGGCCUCGGCUUGCUCCUCGCCUCCGUCUCUGCUCUGUUUGUGGCCAACCUGAUGGCUUGAGACACACACACACACACGCACACACACACACACACACACACACACACACACACACACACACACACACACACACACACACACACACACACACACACACACCCCAGUGCUUCAAGAGUUAAAUUAAAGGGUCUUAUAUUUCCUGGUGUUUUAUAUGUUGUUGGGGGGGGUUUAUUUCAGUUACAGUCUAAUUUCUGAUUGUGGUUCUUGUUUUUUGUUUUGUUUUUUUCCUCGUGUAGAAGUCCUCGAGGCCAUAAGCUUCAAUUUCAGUUCCACUGGAACAAUUACAAUUUAAGCUCUCUGCAUUCACUUUCGACACGAUUUCAGUUCUAAAAAUGUUCCUGGUCUAUUAGUUCAAUUCAUGUAUUGAAGAAAACAAAAAGAUACUUAGCAUUAGUGUCAACCCAUUUGUGUAAGUUAUAGUUAAUUGCCUUUAUUAUAUUAGAUUUGUAGAUUUUAGUGCUUUUGUGAACAUUUCUGCUCCUUUUCAUUUCAUUUUGUAAGAUAUAUCCAUUAUAAUGAAAAAAAAAAAACUAUCUGGCUGUUCUUGGAUGAAAUGUUUCAGAGUUUUUGAAAAAUCUUUUUUAUUUUUCCACUCUGUCAACUGAAGACACUGAGUCUGAUGUUGUUUUGUACUGAUAUGAAUUAUACCCGUCACCAUUAGGUCUGGAGUGAGGCUUGGGUUGUUCCUAGUAGCUUCUGAUGUGUGUUUAUAUGUCAUACAUUUAAGGGCAUGUUGUGUUUGAAAAGCUUCUGUUUGCUGAUGAAAUGAGACAAAAGCCUUUGUGAAAACUGUCCGGGUGUAUCUCUUAUUGUGUGACACAGAGAUGAGUCACACUGGUUUAAAGUGGCACUUUUGGCAUUGUUCCCCAAAUUGAAUCCACCUCUGGGAAUGUUCUGUUUUGAAACUGGUGAUGUAUUUGAAGGAUGAAUAAAAUGGAAGUAAAAACUGGGA